CUAUACGUUGUAACGUAUUCAUAAACUCGUUCUAUUGAAUUGUGCUAUUACGUCAUUCUUGUUUUACGUAUAAUGAAUGAUAAAGAUAGAAUAAUACAAAAUAUGUAUGUAUGUAUGUACAUAGAACUUGAUCUUAUCAAAUUUCUUGGAGCGAGAAGAAUUUUCUGAAUUUGUUUAAGUGACUUGUUGAUCGGGCUUAUUUGUACAAACAUUUUGGGAUAUUUUGAUGUGUUGACUUUACGUUUAGCAUAGAGGCGAAUAGAUAUCGGUGUAAGGUGACACUACAUCUUUGAUGAGAAUGUUCAGUCUCGAUUGGGAUUUCGCUUUCCUUCCAGAUCGAUACAGAGGAUCCGGGAAGAACGGCUAUUCUGACGGCGGAAGCCCUUUCUCGUAUCAUUUCGGUGAGGUGUCGGGCGAGAACGUGUCCGCGGGCACGGGACCACGUGGUGGCGACCGUGGAGAGGCGGCGGAUUUAGGUACGCACACGGAAAACAACGACGGGGCCACCCUGGCAGCGAACACAGCGGUCGACGCCAGGGGGGGAAGCCCUCAGGGCGCUCACCUGUCCGGUGCGGCAACCCCCAGACCUCCGCGGGGUAGGAGGCGACAGAACCAGAAUGGUCUCGACACUACCCAAGUUAAAACGGAACGACUCACGCCUGACAACAACUCGACAUCGUCGAGGAGCGUGACGCCUUCUUCGUCGAGUCACCCGGGGACGCCGCCAAAUGCUACGCCCUUGGGGGGACCCGAGGGUCCACCGCCACCCCAUCAUCUCAAGCACAUGGAACAGAUGAUGGGGCGAAACUAUAGUGAUUUCAUGAGGAGUCUCGCCGCCAAGUACAACAACGCCAACCCUAACGACACGCCAAGGAACGGUUACCCUCCGGGUCUAGACCCGAGGUUUCCGGCUUUCAAGGCCGCAGCGACGCCAUUCGUUGGUCUGAUGGCGCCGUUAGGAGCUCCGCAACCGUCGACUGUCCCGACGACCUCACCGCUCUCCAACAAAGAUCCGAAGGAGCAGAAGCAGGAUAGCCUCUUCGGCAACCCCGUGUUUCCGCCUAUGAUCGAUAUGUCGUCCACCCAGGCUCUUUUGCACAUGGUGCGAACUGCCAACGCGGCCCAAAGCGCCGCAGAAUUGGAAACAUAUCUCAAAGGCGCGAACAAGAGAGACGCGGGGGUGACGAGUCCCUUGGAUCUUUCGAGCCCUGGUGGCUUCGCACCUCGCAAGCGGCAAAGGCCGGAAACAAGGAGAUCCGAAAGCGUGUCCCCCAAGCCGAAACCUAUCGCGAGACCAACCACACCUCCGCCGGUCAGGUGUCCGACUCUCUAUGGCCACAUACCUUGCGGCGACGGGCAAGCUGUGAAUCGCUGGACCAUUGAGGACGUCGUCAAUUACGUUUCGUCGAUCGACAUCUGCGCCGAGUACGCACAGAAUUUCCGGGAGCACCGUAUAGACGGCGCGGCACUGCCGCUACUCUCGGAGAACCACCUGACAGGCACGAUGGGCAUGAAGCUCGGUCCAGCAUUGAAGCUGCGCGUGAUGUUGGCUCGGAAACUCGGUGCCUGCACGGUAUGCUUGCAUUGUGCUCACUGUCACCAAACGCCGCUACCGGCGUUAAGCGCAGCGGCAGCGGCGGUGACGCAACAACAACAGCAGCAGCAGCAGCAACAGCAGCAGCAGCAGCAGCAACAACAACAGCAGACGCCGGGUCGGCGACCCAGCAGCACCGGGAACUGACAAACAAUGGCGGAGACUCCUCCAUUGGGGUCCGAGACAGCAGCGGUCGGCAUGACCCCGGCGCCGCCGUCUCCGGAUCCGAACCGGGCCCUCAGGAUAGAACGGCGCGUACCCCGUCCGGUACGCAAGCCGGAAGUCGUCUUCAAAAAGCCUAUCAAGCAAUGACACGUGAACGACGUGUUUAAUAGGGAGAAGACGAUUUCGUAUAUCAGGGAGCAUGGGGACUCCGCCUGUUGUCAAUAAUUAAGCAUCUGGAAGAACUUUUAGAGAUAGAAACUCAGACCAAGAGUUUUAGCCGAGACUGGAUUGAGGAAUACAAAAGAGAAAGAGUAAGCGAGGGAGAGAGUUGGUUGACGUAGCGCGUAUAGCGUUGUAGAGCGUUGAGUGUUCGAGAAUAGAAAUAUUUUUGAGCGUUUUCCGUCGAUCAUCAUGAUAAUCUAAAGCCUAAACUAUAGAGACCUGAAGGACUGUACUUUAGCGAGAAACUGCAAGCUUCGAUUCGUAAUGAUGGAGAACUUUGACGCAGCAUGAUGAAGGUAUGUUAAUUGCGCGCCGUAAAAUUGAAGUUACGAGAAUUGAAACGAAUUAAGCUUCGUUUUUAUUGAACGAGUAUUAUUUGGAGAGAAAAACAAAAAUAUUUUUGAAAAUUCUAUAUGUAUAGCAAUGAUAGAGCGAAACUAUUGGAUGGUUGCAAUCGUGAGGAAAGACGGUCGAAGGAAGAAGUUCAGCUGAAUCGCGAUAGUGUGCAUACAUCGCUGCAAAAAUAGACCUACGUAAUAGAGUAAUAGAAGAAUUAGUAAAAUAACAACGAUUUCCAAACUUAACGUAUUUAUUUUAUUUAGUAAAAUGAUUGUUGAAGUUAUUGGCUAAUUUUGCUAAACAUUUAAUUUUUAUUUGCAUCCAAGAGAGAUUGUACCAGAUUCAAGAAUAGUCACAAAGUUAGUUGAAAGGAAUGGUAAAUAUUUUCUUUGGAUUUAAAUAAUACAAAAAUUAUGAAAAUGAUAUUAAUAUAAACGAAACUACGACAGCUUAGAUUUAUAUGAGGUUUUGUAAAGGUAGAUAAUUUUUAAAACUUGUGAUCUCUAUCAUGGAAUCAGUACUUAAAUAGUAUAUUUUGCAUUGUGAGAAACAGAGAAAAUUAGGAAUGAAUGUCGAAUAAAUACCAUACUUUUGUAUCGCGAUUAUGUUUCACCGUGCGAUAACAAAAUAGAUCAACAAUACAUUUUUGUUUUAAAUAUUUCAGCAAUACAUUAUUAAUUUAAAUAUUUUAGUAAACUAAAUAGAACCAGAAAGUUAAUUCAUUAAAUCGAAGUAUUCUAAAGAUUAUGUGGUCCGUUGGAAUUAAUGUUCGAUUUUCUUUUUGGAGCUUUUCUUUCGGAAGACCAAAACCUAAUAGAUAAUAAAUCAAGCGAGUGCCUAUCUUUCUAAAGUCUUCCAAAACGACGUUGUCGAGUGAUCGUUCAAAUUAAUUUCCGAUGCGCGAUGAGACAUUAUAGAUUACUUUUGCUUACUUGGGAUCAUCUUGAUCGUCGAUCGACAACUUUCUCGAACGACCGAACUCGUAUCUCUGUACGUCACAUGUCGGCGAGGCGAAGAACUACUAACUCAGUGUCGAAAAGAGAAAGAAAAAAAUAAAGAGAAGAGAGUGCGUGAGAGAUACGCGUAUAUGUGUACAUAUGUCGGAACGAUUGCAAUUACGUGCGAGUGUGUGAAGCGGAUGUGAGUAUAGAUAUAUUAAAAGAACACGAUCUAUAUAUACAUAAUCAGCGAGAAGAAUUACGUGCAAUAACAAUAAAUAUACGUUUCGACGCGAUAACUUUUAACUACCGUAGGAGAUACGUAUUUGCUCAAAUCGUUGUUUCUUUUAUAUAUUUUAACGAAGUUUUUUAUAUGGAUGAGAAUUAUUACGAUAAAUAUACUAAAUUAUAUUUUUGCUAAUGCUCUAUGUGCAAGAAUAAAAUCCACGUGCAAGCACAUACACACACAUACAUACACGAAGUAAAAGCAUACACAUACACACAGCAUUGUCACGCGCGACACAUGGACGACGAUGACGACAGUUUCAGGCGCGACGGAUUCGUGUAGCUCUUUAGGAAUUGUACAUUAUAGUGCCUCUUUUAUUUUGUACCCCCUUAAUCUCCAAGAUUCAUGCAACGUCAAAUGUUUAUUUAUUUAGAGAUGUAGUAUCCGCGUUUUGCCUUAUUGUAUUCACGUAACGAUUAAGAUGUAAAUGGUGGUAGGGCGACGACGUCAAACCGCGCAUACACGUAUUACAUUCGCGAGAGAAAGUGUACGUGGCAAACGAAUCAGUUCGUAAGACGAGCAGUAUUUUUUAGAUUACACACAGAACACACACACACACACACACACACACAAGACACGCGUAUACAAACAUUAGCCUGAAUUUACUGCAGACCAUAUAAUUGUAUAUACAUAUACACAUGACACGCCUAAGCAACGUGUUUCUAUACGUACGCUCGCGCUCCCGAGUUUGUGUUUCGUAAAAAAAAAAAAUAAAAAUAAAAAACAAAAAAGAAAAGAAAAAUACGAGAAUAUUAAAAAUUGUAGCAUUUCGAAAUUUGUCCGAGUGUGUUUUAUUUAAUCAGCGAGAGCGAUCAGAAGUGGCGGUGAAAGAAGGAAAUUCCUUUGUAUUUCUUGCGGCUGAUUACAUAAGUCCGUUACUACUUGUAGUACAAAAUUACCAAUGGUAAUUAGACGCUGUAAUCGCCUGCGAUAUUACACUUGCCUCUACCUUACGCAGGAAGGUAAUUGUAUAUGUCGAGGUUUUGUUUACGUGCCUAUUAUUCAUAAUUAGCGAUUACGCUAACUUUCGACAUACAUAUGUACAUAUGUUAAUGUAACGUAAGGAAACAUUUCUUUCCGUGUGACGUGUUUAACAGACGCAACGCUCAUUCGGCAACUUCUUCUUAUCACAGAUAAACGAAUCCUUUUUUUUUUUUGUUGUUGUACGACGAACUCGGGCGCGCUAACACUAACCGAGUUAGCGGCUUUUACUUAAACAAGAUCACUGUACAUAACGCUUAAGCAUUUAUUUAUGUCGUGCUUCUACAAAUGCCCCGUAGUAUUUUAUUUAGUAUCUUAUUAUUAGUCACGAGGUUCACGCUGUUAAUGCGUAACUACGAGCGCGUUACGCAUUAAUUAUUUUGUGCAGCACGUUCGUUCGACGAGAAGAAAAAAAAACGAACGGACGGAAAGAAAGCGUUAGAGCGAUAAAUGUGCUGACAGAUUCUUUUGGCGAAGGAUAAUUUAACCGCACAUAUGGAUUAGACGUUAAAGUGAGAGGUGGUAAAACCGACGAUAAGGCAAUUUUUUUGUGAUAUUUCAAGAUUUUCUAUCCAUCUUUCGGUAUAUUUCACUUCCACGAAACCGAUCGAUUUUAUGGUAGUGUGUCCACCCCAUCUCACCCGAUCUCCCUUCGACUACUUUUUGUUUUUCCAUCGCGAGUCUGUCGUGUAUUAAUCUUACGAUUAACUGUCAUAUCAUGUAUAGUAGAAAUUAAUGGUGAAAAGAGGAAAAACAGUACAUUGUUUCUGUUAAAAUAAACAUUGUUGAAAAAUAA